AUCCAAUCAGACGAGAUGUCUGGUGAGUGACAGCUGGGAAGUGGGCGGGGAAUUCCGGGUCCGUUCCGGUGUCCGGUGGCGGGAGUUGGAGCUAUGGCUGCAGAGACCGCUAAGGCGCAAAAUGCUCGAGCUGGGGGCGACACCAUCUUUGGUAAAAUCAUCCGCAAAGAAAUCCCGUGCGACCUCCUGUAUGAAGACGAUAAGUGUAUCGCUUUUCAUGAUAUUCAACCACAAGCUCCAACACACUUCCUAGUGGUCCCCAAGAAGCCUAUUGCCCAACUGUCUAAAGCAGAAGACUCUGAUGCAGAGCUUCUUGGACACCUGAUGAUCGUUGGUAAAAAAUGUGCAUUGAAGUUGGGCUUAACAAAUGGCUACAGGCUCAUUCUGAACGAAGGCCAAGACGGUGGACAGUCUGUCUAUCACAUUCACCUCCACGUAUGUGGUGGGCGUCAAAUGCUUUGGCCACCAGGUUAAUUGCUACUUGAAUGUUACUUGACCUCAAAAAAAUUAUGAAGUCUCCUAAAUAAAGAACAUGUUGCAUGCAGAAUAUGGUGUGCCAAUCUCAAAACACCAUCACUGUUUUCUUUUCAUGUUUCAGUUGCUGUUAAGGUUACACAAUAAAUUUAGUUCAUAAGGAAUUUGCUGUGCAAAUACUCCUUAUUAAAAUGAUAAUGCUCUGCAGAAAAUUUUGUGGCUCCCUGCCCCAACCAAGAUUCCCCUUGAAGCACUUACUUAUGCUAGGGAUCAUUCCUGCAGCUGUCUGGCAAUGUACAGCACACUGGCCAAUGUUAACAGUCAGGAGCUACUUCCUGAUGGCUUUCCCGUCUGGGAAAGGGAAUCGAUCCCUAUGAGUAUGUAGUUGACUGACGAUACCCUAAUGUGGUGUUGUUUGAACCUAUAUUGAGGUUUAUGACUUAAGUCAUCAUACAUAUAACAUUGGUGUGUUGCCAAGAGGCAGUUUACAACAACAGAAGACAAAGAAGUUGACACUUUCAGAAGCUUGUAACUUUUUCUGAGGGCCAUAAAAAUACCUUUCUUUAGCCACUAGUCAAACUUUUCUCAAUAAGUCCUAGGAUACUAUUUAACCCAUCACUGUCCAGUUCAGAACUGGACACGACUGUUAUAUUCUUCCAUGCAGGCGCUUAAGUGUUCAAGAGGCUGGGCCCCUUGGUGGUGUUGGGUCUAAGGAACAAGCUCUUGUGAGACUUGGACAGUCUUUAGGAGUGCAACCUCCUCAGUAAAUUCUUUUAUAUUGAGAUUGCCAGUAUGGUCCAGAUUAAGAUCAUAUUCAGGGAUGUGGAUUGCAGCUGCAUGAAGCGGGGAGAAGACAGAGAGCAUGUUAACAUUGUGCUCUCACUUACCCUGAAGAGGAUAAAUGUGAUCUUUAACUUGAUUCAUGAGAAAUUGAUUUCUGUAAAACUAAAGAAUUCUCUGAAUAUCAGUGCUGAAUACCAAUAAUUUAGUUUCAAAGCUAUCCCUCAUUAUAUGACUAAAUUUUCAAUUUCUGCUCUCCUUUCUAUCCUCUAUAUUCUUUUGACCUCUACUGUCGUACUAUUAUCUAGUGGCUAUUUUUCUUUUAAAAACACAAGUCUCACUGCCAAACAAGUUGUGGUUUUAGUGUACAUUGAAAUCCUACUCUUGGUUCUUGGCACUUAGCUACAAAAUUAAAAUGCAAUUUUGUUUUAACGAAGGAAUCCAUUGAUUGUUCCUGUUGGUGGAAAACACAACCUAAACCCACCUUUCUUCCCCAUUCCUUUCAAGCCAGUAGCCAGGGAAGAAUGAGGAACAAAAUUUAUUUUAAUGAAUCAAUCUAGCAAAUUAAGUAGACGUCUUGGUUAUUUAAGAGCCUAAAGUUUUGUUUUAAGCCUAACCAAUGCUGAAAACUUUGUGUUCCACCUGCUCCUGCUGAAAACUUACAUAAAAAACAAUUUUAAAACCUAAGCAUCUUUUAGCCUUAAUUCCUGUUCUCAGCUGGUUUGGAUGGGCUGGGAAGCAGCCAGCGCUUCCUCACUCAGGCCAUACAGUUCGCAGUUGAUUAAUCUAUGUAUACCCUUCAGUUGUGAUGAUCAACAAUGGUGAUCUCUCCUUGGGUGUAAAGCUUUCUUAGAUGACCUGUAGGUCACCUGGUUGUUAACUGGCAUAUUAAUAUGUCAAGCUCAAGUGUUUAAUUACCAUUACAAUAAUUUAUUCAUUAAAAAUAAACAACCAGAGAAUUCUUGGCCAAGGAAAAUUGCUUAUAUAGGCAAUUACUUCAAGGCAAACCUAAUUGGUUUGUGGCAAUAUAUUAAUAUUUACAAUCCCAUGAGCAAGUAAGUUCCCCAUAUAAAGUACCAAGAUAUUUGUGCCAACAACUGUAUGUGUCAUAUGUGAAUAAUAGUAAAAUAAUUAGCUGAUUGUUGUGCAUUGAAUUGUAAUGUCACUGAAAUCCAUGAUAUUAAGCCUACAUUUCUUCUAUACAGAGUUCUGACUAGCUUUGAUGCUCAAAUGCCCAAAUUGAAAACCAAGUUUACAAUAAAAAAUAAUCAUUGA